ACAGGAUGCAUUUGGGGAACACAGCAGACACGUGCGUGAGCAGAGAAAAGCUUUAACAACAUUAAGUACAUAUAUUAAAAAUGAAGAGUUAUUAGUAAAAGAUUUAAGUAGAUGAUGUUGUAGUCAGUAGUGAGAAAGUGAAGAACAACAGUCUGACACAGGUUGAUUUUUGGACAUCUUCUAGGACAGAAGCAACACAAAAAACACACUUCUGCUGUGUGUGCGCGUGUGUUGUGAUCAGUUUAUUUACAGAUAUAAACAUCUGAACUUCUUUCAUGGCCUCCGGUACAUCCAAGAGUCUUUUUGGAGAAACAGACACAAACACAAUGAACAGUUUGAUUGAUAGAGAAUCUGCUGAACCCAGCUGUGUGUCUAUGAAGAGUGAUAAUUCAAUCCAUUUUCCACCCAACUUCAGUUUAGAAGACUCUAGUACAGAUGUGAGGAAUUUCAAAGGAAAGUCCUUCAAAGGGAAGCAGAUGGAUUCUGUUCUUCAGGAGCUUGAACACGAAAUCAUCUCUCUGAUGAAGGAAGAGCUGAAGUUCUUCAAGAGACUACUGAGCUCAGAUUGCCUAGCAUGCUCUGAGAGAGAGGAGGAGGAGGAAGAAAAUCAGAUCAGAGUCAGAGAGGAGUUUUUGAAGAUCACACUGCACGUCCUAAAGAAGAUGAACCAGACAAACCUUGCUGAUAAACUACUUACCAAACUUUUACCUUUGUGUGUGAAAAAACACAAAUCCAGACUAAAUGAGAAAUUCCAGAGAAUAAAUGAAGGAAUAUCAAGUCACGGACGCUCAAGACUUGUGAAUGAGAUCUACACAGAGCUGUACAUCGCAGAGGGAGGGAGUGAAGAACUCAAUAAUGAACAUGAGGUGAGACAGAUUGAGACAACAUCCAGAAGAUCAGAGACACAAGAAACACCAAUCAAAUGUAAUGACAUCUUUAAAGCUUUACCUGGACAAGACAAACACAUCAGAACUGUGCUGACUAAAGGAGUUGCUGGAAUUGGAAAAACCGUCUCUGUACAGAAGUUCAUUCUGGACUGGAGUGAAGGAAAAGCAAAUCAGGAUCUUCACAUCAUAUUUCCACUUCCAUUCAGAGAACUGAAUCUGAUGAAGAACACAAAUAUUAGUCUGAUGGAUCUUCUUCAUCAGUUCUUCAUAGAUACAAAAGAAUUGAGAUCAAGAGACUUUGAUGUCUAUAAAGUUGUGUUUAUCUUUGAUGGUCUGGAUGAGUGUCGACUUCCUCUAGAUUUCUCAAACAAUCAGAGUUUGUUUGAUGCAAGAGAAGAAGCUUCAGUGGAUGUGCUGUUGACAAACCUCAUCAAGGGGAAUCUGCUUCCUUCUGCUCUGAUCUGGAUAACAUCACGGCCCGCAGCAGUCAAUCAGAUUCCUCUUGACUGUGUCCACCAGAUCACAGAUGUACGAGGAUUCAAUGAUCCUCAGAAGGAAAAGUAUUUCAUUAAGAGAAUAAAUGAUGAGAGUUUGGCAAACAGAGUCUUUAAACACAUCAAAUCAUCCAGGAGUUUGUACAUCAUGUGUCACAUCCCAGUCUUCUGUUGGAUUACAGCCACUGUUCUAGAGAGAAUGUUGAGUGAAUCAGAGAGUCAAGCAGGGAUCCCCAAGACUCUCACUCAAAUGUUCACACACUUCCUGAUCUUUCAGACCAAACUGAAGAGUCAGAAGUAUGAUGGGAAAUGUGAGGUAGAUCUUCAACAGGUUAGAAAGAGUCUUCUGUCACUGGGAAAACUGGCUUUUCAACAGCUGGAGAAAGGGAAUCUGAUCUUUUAUGAGGAGGAUCUGAGAGAUUGUGACAUUGAUGUCAGAGAUGCUUCAGUGUACUCAGGAGUUUGUACUCAGAUCUUCAGAGAGGAGUUUGGACUGAACCUGGGGAAGGUCUACAGCUUUGUGCAUCUGACCAUUCAGGAGUUUCUUGCUGCUUUAUUUGUUUUUCUUUCAUUUUCUCAACAAACACCAGGAUUCUUCAGCAUGAAUAGAUUUUCAGAUUUGAAGAGUGAAGUGGACAAAGCCUUACAGAGUGAGAACGGACACCUGGACCUUUACCUCCGAUUCCUUAUGGGUCUCUCACUGGAGUCCAAUCAGAUGAUCUUACGAGAUCUACUGACACAGACAGGAAGAAUAUCUGACAGCAGACAGGAAAUAGUUAAGUACAUUAAGAUGAAGAUCAGAGAGAAUCAAUCUCCAGAGAAAUCCAUAAAUCUGUUUCACUGUCUGAAUGAACUGAAUGAUCAAUCUCUAGUGAACGAGAUACAAACAUAUCUAAACAGAAAAGAUUACAGUCGCCUCUCUGGAGUCAGUCUUUCUCCCUCUCAGUGGUCGGCUCUGGUGUUUGUGUUACUGAACUCAGAUCAGAAGCUGGAUGAGUUUAUACUGGAGAAAUAUAAUCCAUCAGAUGAAUGUCUUCAGAGGCUGCAGCCAGUGAUCAAAGCAUCCAGAAAAGCUGAUCUGAUGAACUGUAAUCUGACAGAGAAAAGUUGUUCAUCAUUGAGUUCAGUUCUCAGCUCAAACUCCUCAAGUCUGACAGAACUGAACUUGAGCGCAAACAAACUGCAGGAUUCAGGAGUGAAGCUUCUCUCUGAUGGACUGAAGAAUACAAACUGUAAACUGAAGAUAUUACAUCUGUGGUCCUGCAGUAUUGGAGAUGAAGGUUUUGUUGCUUUGGUGUCAGCUUUGAGAUCAAACCCAUCACACCUGAAUGAACUCAAUCUGUACGGUAAUAAUCCAGGAGAUUCAGGAGUGAAGCUGAUCUCUGAUCUACUGAUAGAUCCACACUGUAAACUACAUAAACUAGAUCUGAGCUACUGUAAUCUGACAGAGAAAAGUUGUUCAUCAUUGAGUUCAGUUCUCAUGUCAAACUCCUCAAGUCUGACAGAACUGAACCUGAGUGACAAUAAACUGCAGGAUUCAGGAGUGAAGCUUCUCUCUGAUGGACUGAAGAAUACAAACUGUAAACUGAAGAUAUUAAAUCUGAUGAACUGUAAUCUGACAGAGAAAAGUUGUUCAUCAUUGAGUUCAGUUCUCAGCUCAAACUCCUCAAGUCUGACAGAACUGAACCUGAGUGGAAAUGAUCUGCAGGAUUCAGGAGUGAAGCUUCUCUCUGAUGGACUGAAGAAUACAAACUGUAAACUGAAGAAAUUAAAUCUGAUGUGCUGCAGUAUUGGAGAUGAAGGUCUUAUUGCUUUGGCUUCAGCUCUGAGAUCAAACCCAUCACACCUGACUGAACUCAGUUUGAUCAAUCCAGGAGAUUCAGGAGUGAAGCUGAUCUCUGAUCUACUGAAGGAUCCACACUGUAAACUACACAAACUUCAUUGAGUUAUUCAUUCACUGUUUGAUUUAUUGUGACUGUCAUGUAAUUGUGUUACUCUCACACUUCUGCUGUAGUUAGGGUUGCCUCCUUUGAUUUGUGAAAAACCGGGACACUCAGAUAAAAAAAAUUUUUGUUUUGUUUUUUGGAGGGGGGAUCAACUAAUAUUUGCAAAUAUACUAUGUUAAAAGUUGUAGGACUCUAUUCCCUCUCUAACCUAUAUUUGUCCUGAUGUAGAUCCUUUCCCUGAAGUAGAUGCACUCCCUGAUGUAGAUGCACUCACUCUGGACUCCUUUUUACAUUAAAGGCGAAGUCCAUGAUGUUUGAAAGCCAAUGUUGAUAUUUAAAAAUCACCUAAACAAACACGCCCCUACCCCAAUAGAAUCUGGACCUUCUGUUGAUAGACCCGCCCCACACAUACGCAACCCGGCAAGUAUGUCGGUUAGUAGACACGCUCCUUACUGCGGAUUGGCUAUAAGUGUGUUUUGGUAGUCGGCCCGUCUCCUUUUCCAAAGCGUUUUUAAAAACAUCGUGGACUCCGCCUUUAAAUACAUUAAAUACAUUUUUGUAUAAACAUUGUGUAAACAUAUACUGCAUAAUUAUAUUCUUUUAUAAAAUAUAAUCAUUUGUACAAAUAUAGGAUAUAUUCUUUAGCAAUUAAAACAUGAUUACAUGUAUUAUAAUAGAUUAUAAACAACUUUUUGUUUUUGUUAACUUAGUAAAUUUGGGCAACAUAAAACUGACAUUUCUCACCUCUUUUUCCAUGUGUAUUUCUCAUCCCUUUUUGCUGCCUGCAGAAGUCUCGGCUGUCCCUCAAUGAAUGCUUUAAACUCCAAGCAUGAUAAUUUAAAGUUUAAUCUAACUUGAAGUUCAGCUUUGACCAACCCCAUUGAUCGUUUUUAAAGCUGACUAGCAACUUAAAGGGGACAAUCCAUGAAAAUCAGACUUUUUCCAUGUUUAAGUGUUAUAGUCAGGUCCCAAGUGCUUCUACCAACCCAGAAAACAUGAAAAAUAGCAACCCUGUAACUUUGUUUUGGUAAGGCUCUCUCUGCAAGCAUGUGUAUAUAUAGGUCAUUCGGGUUUCGCUCCCCCGAUGAUGUAUUAAGGGGAUCUUAUUAUAAUGAUACCGCCCCUUCAUCUGCGCUAUCCAACCAUGACAAGGCCUCACCAGAGACAGAGAGAAAGAAUGACUGACAGCACGACGCGUUUGUAUUCCCUCAAACACUAACAGUAGCCUACAAUCUUAUAACUUGUAGUUUUAAUGGUCUUUCUAAAGGUUGAUGAUGAGGAAUAACGUUAUCUUAGUGCAAGAGAGAGAGAGAGAGAGAGAGAGUGAGAGAGAGCGAGUAAGCGAACGAACGAGAGAGAGAGCACCGUGACGGUUCACUUUUAUCAAUACAAGUAUGUUGUUUAAUAUGUUUCUCUGAAGUUUAUAUGAAUGAACACGAGGAUUAAUGCACUGCACGAGACAGAGUGAGAGAACAACGCGUAUUCACUAUCAUAGAUCAAAUGACAUGUAUGCUUAUUGUGUGUUUUUUUAAAGUUUAAGCAUUAAACGUGUUGUUUUAAUACAGAUCAUUUACAUGUGCUUGUGUGGUUUGGUCAAAAAGUUAACUUCUGAGUGUUUGUGGAAGUGUAUUUUAUUGUAACAUGCUGAAAAUCAUUGUGUCUGUUUAAAACACUGGCAGCAUGAGACCCAAAAGUCUUUAUUUUUAUUCCACAAUUGUUCCCUAUCUGCUGAUAAACAUGUAUUUAGUGUGCAUACAACUUUUUAAACUUGUUCAAAUAUAUAAUGCUGAACAUCGCUUAAUACUAACUUCUUUUGUGAGAGAAUCUCCCACUUGAUGCUCUGUCUUGACUACAGCAUGAGUGCUUGAGACUCCGCCCACCUGAGCAGCUCAUUUGGAUUUAAAGGGAUACAAACAAAAACGGUGCAUUUUUGCUCAGACCCAUAAAGUGCCUAUUUUAACAUGCCACAAUAAAUCACCUAUAUGGUAUUUUGAGCUAAAACUUCACAUAAUGUACUCUGGGGACAUCAAAAAUGUAUUUAAUAUCUUAAAAACGUCUUGUGGAAUAUCACCUUUAACUCAAACUAUUUCAUCCAUGAUGUGUGUGUGGAAUCUGUGGAUGCGACGCGUGCGACCAACCGACAGCAUAGGUAGUUGCUAGGCGAUAAGUUGAGCUUCCAAUCAAAUAAAAGUAAACGCCUGGCCAAUCCACUGUGUUACCUGUUCUAUUUUACCCGGUUACAGACACAGGAUUGGAUGAACAAAUAAACAGUGGAAGGAAACGCUUUAAUUUGAAACCAGGAAAUUCUGCUUUAAAAGUUCAUUUUCACAAAAAACCGGGACAAUUCGUGUCCCGGGAAAGAAUAUUAAUUUUCCGGGACAGUGACUCAAAAAAGAGAACAAUCCUGGGAAAACCAGGACGGGUGGCAACGCUAGCUGUAGUGUUGUUUUUUUCUGGUAUUUAAUGUAAAUGUGGUAUGAUAGCACUACUUGUAUUAUUCUCAUGUGUACGUCACUUUAGAUAAAAGCAUCUGUUAAAUGUAUAAAUGUUCAAUUCAAUUCAAUUUUAUUAAUAUAGCACUUUUCACAAUAGUUAAUUGUUUCAAAGCAGCUUUACAUUAAUAGAUGUAUGAAAAGCAUAGAAAAGCGAGCAUAGUAAUAAUUAGGGGUGGGACAAAAAAAACGAUUCUUAGAUGAAUCGCGAUUCGGACUUGGGCCGAUUCUGAAUUGAUUCACAAAUGUUAGUUUACAAAAUAAUAACGUCACGUUAUCAGAACCAAAAGGGCGGAAUCAACUGGGGGAGCGGCAUACAAAUCAGCGCUACG